CCCGGAUUGAAGCGUUCAACGAAAUUCCAGGAGCGUGGCAUUCUGCACACGUCCCGGCCCUUUGUGCCAUAUCAAGGGACCUCUCGAACAUCCCCGCGCAGAACAUUCAUUCGACUCUCCACAUCGUUUGGUUUUUCUAAAGAUAACUGCCAACUUUCCUUCUUGACCGGCCUCUGGCCGUCAUAAUCAUUCGCUUUCACCAUGGUUUGGGCGUCGAUAGAAGAACACCUGUUGCGGCGUCAGAGUGAUGGGGCUAAGGAGCUGCUUAAGCUGCUACAAGAUCCUUUCUCUGGUCAAAUUGCUCAAAGUGGUGUUGAAGCGAGUUUGGGAACUUCGAUUGGUUUCACUCUGCUCCUCGGCCUUGGAUUCUCCCUUCUUCGACCCUACAACUCCAUCGUAUACGCUCCAAAACUCAAGAUCGCCGACGAUAAACAUGCCCCGCCAGCUGUGGGCAAAGGCAUAUUUGCCUGGCUUGGGCCUGUUCUGAAAACAAAGGAACAAGACUUGAUCAUACAGAUUGGACUCGAUGCAACCGUUUUCCUGAGGAUCCUACGAAUGUGCCGCAACAUCUUCAUCGUAUUGGCUGUGCUGGGCUGCGCCAUUCUGAUUCCAAUCAACAUUACCCAACCUGUACAGGUGACGCAUCAAUUCAUCGUCAGGGUCACGCCCCUCAAUACUCAGGGAAAUGCGACUUGGGGUAUGACAAUAUUUGCUUGGGCCAUUGACAUAAUACUCAUGGGAUUUUUGUGGUGGAAUUACCGCGCCGUCGUCAGAUUGCGCAGGCAAUACUACGAGAGCCCGGAAUACCAGUCUAGCUUGCACGCCCGGACCCUGAUGAUCAAUGAUAUCCCAAAAGACUUCCGUUCGGACGAGGGUAUUGGAAGACUGAUUGACGAAGUCGUGCCGACAUCUUCUUUCUCGAGAACAGCCAUCGCCCGUAACGUUAAGGAGUUACCAGAGCUUAUCGAAGAACAUAAUCAAACUGUUCGAUGCCUCGAGAAAUAUCUAGCCAAAUACCUUAAGGAUCCCAAUAAUCUCCCCGCACGCCGACCAGAAUGUCGUCCCUCGAAAAAGGACCCAUCCUACCGUUCUUAUCCAAGGGGUCAGAAAUUGGAUGCUAUUGAAUACCUUACGAGCCGCAUAAGGGAAUUAGAGAUGGAGAUCAAAGAAGUACGCUUAAGCGUUGAUAAUCGUAACCCGUUACCUUAUGGAUUCGCCAGCUACGAAGAUAUUGAAGAGGCCCACAGUAUUGCUUUUUCUACUCGCAAAAAGCAUCCUCGAGGCACCACAAUUGUCCUAGCUCCACGACCUAAUGAUAUUAUCUGGAAGAACAUGCCUUUGGGCAAGAUGCAGAGAAGAAAUCGCAGACUGCUGAACAACUUCUGGAUGUUUCUUCUAACGGUUGCCUAUGUUGCACCGAAUGCUCUGAUCUCCAUCUUCUUGGUCCGGCUGACCAAUCUGGGUCUCGUCUGGCCUGCCUUCCAAACUUCCUUGUCUGGAAAUACAACUUGGUGGUCCAUAGUUCAGGGUGUCGCUUCUCCAGCCAUUACAUCCUUGGUUUACUUGGUCCUUCCUAUCAUCUUCCGUCGCCUUGCGGUCCGGGCGGGAGAUAGAACGAAGACCGCACGAGAGCGCCAUGUCACUAGCAAGCUUUAUACCUUCUUUGUGAUCAAUUUCCUAAUCGUCUUCACCCUCUUUAGUGUUAUCUGGAGCUUUGUCUCUAGUGUCAUCAAUUACACGAAUAACGGAGAGGGUGCUUGGGAAGCCAUCUUGAAGGCCGACUUUGGCAAGUCGCUUUUCGGUGAACUCUGCAAUAUCUCCCCUUUCUGGAUUACGUGGUUACUCCAGCGUAACCUAGGAGCAGCCGUUGAUCUAGCACAACUUUGGACAUUGUUCUGGAGCUUCUGCGUUCGGAAGUUAUCAAGUCCAACGCCUCGAGAGAUGAUCGAAUUGACUGCGCCACAGGCAUUCGAUUAUGCAAGUUAUUACAAUUACUUCCUAUUCUAUAGCACGGUCACUUUGUGCUUCGCUACUAUUCAGCCCUUGGCAAUUGCAGCUUGCGCCAUAUACUUCGCCCUUGAUGUGUAUCUCAAGAAGUACUUACUUCUUUACAUCUUUAUCACCAAAACCGAAUCCGGUGGAAUGUACUGGCGCAUGUUUUACAACAGAAUAGUGUUUGCGGCGAUCUUGUCGAACCUGAUUGUCUUCCUGUCUGUUUGGGUGCAGGGAGGCAGUAGUCAUCUGGAAGCAUACGUUGUCGUGCCGUUGCCCUUUAUGAUGCUUGCCUUCAAAUGGUAUUGCAAGCGUACAUUCGACGACAAAAUGCACUACUACACAAUCCGAAACAAACUCAAGGACCCCGAGGCUACUAGUACAGACGUCCUCUCCAAAAGCAAGCGUGACAGGCUCGCAUCUCGUUUUGGACAUCCCGCUCUUUACAGGCCGCUCAUUACGCCAAUGGUACACGCAAGAGCUCAGAAUAUCUUAGCAUCUGUUUACGCUGGCCGGCUUACAAAUAGCAAUCACCAGGGUUCUGAUGAUUCGGCUUCUGUUUCAGGGUACUCAGAUACGUAUAUUCUUGAUUCGAUGCGGGCCGAACAGCCAGGUCGCAAAGCCCAAACUCUUCCUGGGUUUGAAAUUGUGCCCGAGAAUCGACUCGACUUCGAAUAUUACAAAGGCCGAGCGGAAUUCGGUGAAGAACAUGGCGGCAUGGGAGGCAUUUAUGGCAGGGCAGAGGAUAUCGUCAGAUCAGACACCCCAGGAGGCUCGAGUAUGUGGGGUGGUAGCGAGGGCUCGCGACCUGGCACACCGGGUACGCCCCCCAUGGGGAAAAGGAUGUUUACCACCACUACCAUUCCCCCGAUGCCUUCGCUCCCUAUGGUGUCGCAUGAUGCUCAGUCUGAUAUCGGAUUUGGAGGCCAUAAUCCACUUUAUGGCAUGCGUAACGAUUCCGAGACAAAUCUCAUAGCCGGAGCUGCUGAUAUGGCGGUUACCACGCCAGGCGAGGAAGCACCAAGGUAUCUGAGGGAUGAGAGCCUGGAAAGGCGAGCUCCAGGCUUCCUUGGGGGUGGUCCUGGAGGAUAUGGUGGAUUGCCUCAACAAGAAGACGAGGCAGAUCCGAUGUCCUAUGAUUAUUUCAGAUCGCGUAGGCGCAAUCCUGAGGCAUAGAAGAGGAACUUGUCUUGUAUGAUAUGGGCGGGUCGCCUGGUUUGGCCGGAGUCUUCGCGAGAUUGGUGCAUUGGGCUCGGAGUUGAUGGAUACAUUGCUGGGUAUUUUGUCGUCCGGAUUGGACUGGGACGGGCUACAAAGAUGAUGAGAUACGUACACACCUAAUAACUACAUGUCACGAUACCGGGGCGUU